CAUGGCUACCAACCUUGCAUUUUUGACAUAUGGUAAACUUAAAAAAUGUCUUUUGGUUUGUUUUUAUUUGGCGUUUAGCGGCAGAAAGUGAACAGCAGCUUGUGAUUAUAAUUUAAUAUUCUUUCAGUUUUAUAGAAUAAAAGAAAUGUUCUCUCUAUUGCAUAAAGAAGAGGCUGCACACGAUGACGGGAUUUGGUCAUGCUCAUGGGGACGUCUACAUCCGGAAGAGAGUCAACCUGAUAAUGCUGCUGAAGAAAAGGACCCAGACGCUAGUAAUGAUUCAAUGUACGGUAAAAAGAAAGCUGAACCCGUUGAUUUUAUUGUAACCGGUGGUUUGGAUGACUUGGUGAAAGUAUGGGAUAUCCGAGACGACGACCAGUUAAAACUUCGCCACACAUUGAAAGGCCAUUCUCUAGGUGUUGUUUCUGUCGCUGUGAGCCCAGAUGGGAAAACAAUCGCGAGUAGUUCUUUGGACUCAAGUCUCUGCUUUUGGGAUUCCAAAACUGGACAACAGAAGCAUUUGCUUUCGUUUGGUCCGGUGGAUCUGUGGACUGUAGCGUUUUCUCCUUGCAACAAGUAUGUAAUUUCGGGAUCGAAUGAUGGAAAAAUCUCAAUGUACAGCGUCGAAACGGGAAAGGCCGAACAAGUACUAGAUCCACAAAAUGGGAAAUUCACCUUAAGCAUUGCCUAUAGUCCAGAUGGCAAGUAUAUAGCCAGUGGUGCUAUAGAUGGCAUUAUUACUAUAUUUGAUGUAGCAGCAGGCAAAGUGGCGCAAACUUUAGAAGGUCAUGCCAUGUCAGUGCGAAGCUUAUGUUUUUCACCAAAUUCUCAGAUGCUGUUAACUGCUUCCGAUGAUGGCCAUAUGAAACUAUACGAUGUAGCUCACUCAGACGUCGCCGGCACUUUAUCAGGCCAUGCAUCGUGGGUGCUGUGUGUUUCAUUCUCCGAAGAUGGCAAACAUUUCGCAUCUUCUUCUAGCGAUAUGAGCGUAAAGAUUUGGGAUUUCGCCGAACGUAAAUGUAUGCACACAUUUUCGGAACACAGCGAUCAGGCAUGGGGCGUUAAAUACAGUUUAUCAGAUGACAAAGUCAUAUCGGUGUCAGAAGACAAAUCACUCAAUUUGUAUAACUGUCCGCCUAAUAUUGUUGCUUAACAUAACCCAAUAAAAAUGAAAUAUUUUGUAUCAUAAUGA